AUGGGAGGAGGGGAUAAAAGGCAGGAAAUCAUCCAUCCUGGAUAUCCUUAUUCCGGGAUCAGACCUCACAACCAAAGAUAUCUUGGGCAUCAAAUACAUAAAAAAAAAGGUCAAGCACUCUUACAGGGAGCAUCUUUAUUACAGAAACUGCGGUCUGGUCUAAAGUGGAGGCUUGAUGGUGCCUUUUCAGGUCCUGUGAAGAAGUUAAGGCGGCGGCAGGAGUUGGGGAAUGAUGAGACAGACACAGACCUGGAGGAGAUGAAUGAAGAUUCUAUGAUGGACACAGAUGCCAGCUGGUCACAGCAAUCGUUCGAUGCUGGACAAAAGAGAUCAAACCAUCCCGUCAAGAUAUCAGAAGAAAAAGCUGGGAGCACCUCUUGCGGAGCAUAUACUAUGCUAUGCGCAACAUCAUCCGCGAGGCCAAUGACGAGUCCUCCCAACAAGACUCACCGAACCCCCUUCCCUUCAAUGUCGUCCCAGAACCAUGAUACUGGUCCUCUGAAUUUGCCACCACACCCUGUUCCAGACACCACCGACUCGCGCAAGCCUGAUUUAGUCCUCAUGGACUACAGGCUGAAAAAGAAUAAAUCAGGUGAAAAGACCUGGGCGGAUGUUCUCACCAAUAUCGAGAUCACCAAGUCAGAAUUGAUUCAAGGAAAAGAUAUCCCUAUAUUCUUAGGGGUCGCCACCAAGGGAUAUCUUAUAAUGCAAGAACAGCCGUGGUGCCGUUUCAUUGUUUUGUUCAGCAUUGCAAACCUCCAGCUCCGCGCUCAUUAUAUGGACCGCUCUGGAAUGAUUAUCUCUCAACCCCUCCCAAUUGGUGCCAAUGCCAUGCAUUUUGUCGACGUCUUAAACACAAUCACACUAUCAGACCUAGCUUCCCUUGGGUUCGACCCUACCAUUCACAUUUGCACUGACCUCUGCUCCGCUGGUUCUCACAAUGAUCUUCCUGAGGGUAUAGAUCAAAUGCCGGAAGGAACACAAGGCUGGGUGAUGGACAAUGACGGUGAGGUGUACUGGAUCAUGGCCAUUUUAUGGAAGAGUCGUGGUCUAUUUUCGCACGGGACCAUUUGUUAUCGUGUUCAAGAUCAGCAUGGUGAGGCGAUCUCAACCUGGCUGGGCUGA